AAUUUGCUGGCAUAUUGAGUGCAGCACUUUCACAGCAUCAUCUUUCAGGAUGUGAAAUAGCUCAACUGGAAUUUCAUCACCUUCUCUAACUUUGUUCGAGGCUUAGGACGUGCAUUUCACUUCAUUGAAGUCUGCCCUGAUCACUGGGAGGUCCCCCUGUUCUAACCCACCUCCGAGGCUCUGAGAGGUCGGAAUCUUGGCCGGGGGGGCCCCCAACCUGCCAAACCCAGCAGUGGCAUGCCAAGCCCUCUCACGUGCCUCCCAAGCCAAUGGUGGGAGGGGCGGCUGCUGCUCUCGGGCGCCCUCAACUGGCCGUUGAGGAAAUAGGACCGCGCUGACUAACUCCUGUCCCGGCCAAGUCCGACCGGACAGAGCCAUCUGGCCGGGGGGCCAUAGACCCCUGAGGAGCCCGCAGCCAGGGCCUUCGCCCCGCUCUGCGCGGCGCUCCGGCGACUCCGGGCUCGGGGCUCUGCCAUCCCGGGCGGCAUCCAGUCCAAGUUUCGAACCCUGGCCCCACGGGGUCAUUUCCAGCCGCGCGUUCCCGCCACACUCCUCCAGGCGUGGGGGUACGGUGGCCGUGGCCGUGGCUGUGACCGGAGCCCUGGGUCAGAGCGGUGGGGGGGAGCGCGGAGUUCGUUCGGUGCAGGCCCUCGCGGCGAGGCAGCAGCCGCCGGUCUGGGAAAGGUGGAGCGGAGCACCGGGGGGCGGAAGGGUUGCCGCCUGAGGGUCACCCAGAGGACACCGGCGGGAGAAUUCCUAAGGGCCGCCUUGGAGACGUGGGAGGACGCACAGGGUCUGGCCUCUCUGCGGGAGUCCUGCCCAUCCUCCCCGCCCCGGCGCGCUAGCCCCCAGCCCCGAGCCCUAGCUGCUCCCCCGCUCCACGAUCUCUGGACGCCGCGAAGGGUCCGGGCAGGACAGGGCGCCCUGCCGCCCUCCUGCGCUGUCCCUGAAGAUGUCCGGAGCUAUCUUCACGCCUCUGGAGGGGCCGGGCGCCCUGGAUGGGACAAGCGGCCACCCCCUCGUGUGCCCGCUGUGCCACGCGCAGUAUGAGCGCCCCUGCCUGCUGGACUGCUUUCAUGAGUUCUGCGCCGGCUGCCUGCGUGGCCGUGCUGCCGAUGGCCGCCUCGCCUGCCCUCUGUGCCAGCACCAGACGGUGGUGAAGGGCCCCAGCGGGCUCCCUCCAGUGGAUCGGCUGUUGCAGUUCCUGGUGGACAGCUCAGGGGAUGGCACCGAGGUGGUGCGCUGCGCCAACUGCGACCUGGAGUGCGGCAAGCAGGACGCGGAGACCACAUACUUCUGCAACACUUGCGGGCAGCCGCUGUGCGCACGCUGCCGCGACGAGACGCACCGGGCACGCAUGUUCGCGCGCCACGACAUCGUGGCCUUGGGCCAGCGCAGCCGCGACGUGCUCCAGAAGUGCACGCUGCACGCCGAGCCCUAUGUCCUGUUCUCCACCGACAAGAAGUCGCUGCUGUGCAUCCGCUGCUUCCGGGACAUGCAGGGGGAGAGCCGCGUCCACUGCGUGGACCUCGAGUCAGCUUACGUCCAGGGCUGCGAGCGGCUGCAGCAGGCGGUGCUGGAGGUGAAGGCCCUGCAGACCGCCACGCGAGAGGCCAUCGAGCUGCUGCAGGCGAUGGUGGAGGAGGUGCGACGCAGCGCGGCAGAGGAGGAGGCCGCCAUCCAUGCCCUCUUCAGCAGCAUGCAGGACAAACUGUUAGAGAGGAAAGCGCUGCUGCUGCAGGCCGUGCAGAGCCAGUAUGAAGAGAAGGACAAGGCCUUCAAGGAGCAGCUCUCCCAUCUGGCCACUCUGCUGCCCACCCUGCAGGUUCACCUGGUCAUCUGCUCUUCCUUCCUCAGCUUGGCCAACAAGGCCGAGUUCCUGGACCUGGGCUACGAGCUGAUGGAGAGAUUGCAGGGCAUCGUCACGCGGCCACAUCGCCUGCGGCCGGCACAGAGCAGCAAGAUCGCCAGCGACCACCGUGCCGAGUUCGCGCGCUGCCUGGAGCCGCUACUGAUGCUGGGGCCACGCCGGGCGGCGGGUGCCGGGGGUGGCACCAGCACGCUCGCAGGGGGCCCGGGCCCCAAGGUGCUGAGGGGGCCCGGCUGCCCUUCCCCAGUGGGGAAGAUGUUGGGGUCACCAGUCCAAAAGCCCACACUGCACCGGUCCAUCAGCACCAAGGUGCUGCUGGCGGAGGGCGAGGACUCACCCUUCACGGAGCACUGCCGCCACUAUGAGGACUCCUACCGGCGCCUGCAGGCAGAGAUGCAGAACCUGAAGGACCAGGUACAGGAGCUGCACCGGGACCUCACCAAGCACCAUUCCCUCAUCAAAGCCGAGAUCAUGGGUGACAUCUUACACAAGGCCCUGCAGGUGGAUGCCCAGAUCGCCUCGGAGUAUGCUUCCGUGGAGGGCCUGAGAGCAGUCUUCCAGGAGAUUUGGGAGGACUCCUACCAGCGGGUGGCUAACGAACAGGAGAUAUAUGAAGCCCAGCUCCAUGACCUUCUCCAGCUGAAGCAGGAGAAUGCCUACCUGACCACCAUCACCAAGCAAAUCACGCCCUACGUCCGCUCCAUUGCCAAGGUGAAGGAGCGACUGGAGCCCAGGUUUCAGGUCCCUGUGGAUGAACCAUCAGACCAUCCACAAAACAUGCAUGAUGAUGGCGUGAAUGCUGAGGCCCCGGCCAGGAGCGAUCCAGUAAGUGUCACAGAGAAGAAGGAGAAGAACUCAGAGCUGAGAAACAGCCGAGCUCUGGGCAACCUUGCAGAGGAGCCUCCACUGAAAAACAAAGACACACACAGACCCAAAUCAAAAAACGGGGGUGAUGUCUCCACCCGGAGGGAACGCCCAGCUUAGCCUGGGACCAGUUCCAGGGUCAGGCACUUUGCAACAAGCCAAUCAACGUCAGGACAGUUAAGAAAAGACAGUUCCUGUUGUUGUUGUUGUUUUUUAAUUUGUAAUCAUUUAUCAUCAGUAAAAUCCAGACACUCCAGCAGGUCCCCAUUUCAGGUUCUCUGGCUUAGGCUAGACUUCUCGUGGCUCAGAGUCCUGACCCUUAUCACAGUGGCUCCAGGAGGCAUCCCAGUUCAUCCUGCACCUCCGUGUGUACUGGGCUGUGAGCUCCCACCAAAGUGCACCCUCUGAAUUUCAUGAACGAGCCUCUUGGACUACUCUGCCUCAGAGGAAGCCUGUUCCUUCUGAACCACAGCCCUGCUGUUAGCUGGAAAGUUAUCCUAGUGCUCAUCACUAGGUUCAUCGUGAUCCUAGUGCUGACUCAGCCAAGGGGAAAAAUCUUCACUCCAGCUUUUCUCACUGUGGGGCCUGGGCUGAGCUCAUAAAGCGAAGAAAGAGCACCUCUGUACUGACAUACCCACGACUGUCCCCACCUGCCGUCACUCUCCUGUGUGCACCUCUGAAGACGUUAAAGCAUGAUUCACCCGCAACUUUGCUCCAGUGGUUUUUCAUUCUUACCCAGGAGCCUUUUUGUCAAGUGGAACUUAAACAGAACACUUAAACAUGCAAAUUAACCUGCAAGACCCUGAUGCUGGGAAAGACUGAGGACAGGAGAAUGGGGUGACAGAGGAGGAGAUGGUUGGAUGGCAUCACUGACUCAAUGAACAUGAGUUUGAAUAAGCUCCAGGAGACGGUGAAGGACAGAUAAGCCUGGCGUGCCGCAGUCCACAGGGUCACAGAGUCCGACACAACUGAGCCACUGAACAACGACCUUCAUGACCUAACGUUCAAAGUUCUGGAGGCAAAAUGAUGCCGAGUCACAUCUUAAACAAAUACCAGCUUGAUUUAGCGAUUCGGGUGGCUUUCAUGUGCUAGGUGGGCCUGCAGGUCAAUACACUGGUCCACUGGUCACAACAGCACCCAAGGCCUGCACAUCUGCUGUGUGCACCCAGGUCCCAUCCCAAAGCCAUCACAGACCUUCCAGGUGGGGGAGGGAGGGGCGGACCUCCACAGUGCUGAGGGGGUGUGGGCAGGAGGAACACAAGCUUAGAGGAAGGAAUUCAGAACUGAACCAAGGAGGCAGACAUGUCUGGCUUUAUGCUGGAGGUUCUGGACGUUUCUUAACUGGAAGUAACAAGACCUUAAGAGUUUCUGAAUCCCACACAGUCACACUGCUGUUCAUAGCGAAAUCAAGUAGUUUUAUUUAAGAAUUGGAAACCAUCAGUAUCUGUGAAAGAAAAUCCAAUAUUUAAAUAAACAUUUCUGCAUGUAAAAAGAAGAGCAAUUACUCUGUAAGGUUACUCUCCUAGCUUAGCUAUGGGACAGACCCACAGGAGCGAGCCCAGGAGGGCACAGACUGACAGCAAGUCUCCGCCCACCCCCACCCCACCAGGCAGACAGGCUGGGGGUGGCCCGGCCUUGCUAAGUCGCUACAGAAGCAAAACGUGGAGCAGAGAGAGAGCACAACUAUCUAAGGCAGUUAAGAAAGUGCAGAGAAGGGCCAGGGAGUCACCAUUCCCAUCACCGAGGGGCUGCUACCAAAAGGAGACCCUACUAUUAACGCAACCCCUGGGUUCAGGGACGUUUCCCCAUCAUGAUGACCAACCAGAGUUAGAUAGUUAAAGGGAUUAAGUUUACUUUUUAGGUGUACAAAACGGCUCAUGACCAUGAAAAGGUGGUGGGGUAUGCUGCCUUCUGUCAGGUUCGCCCCACAACUUCUUUUCCAUAAACCAGCAUUCUUGGCCCCAGCCUGCAAACUCUAAUGAAGUGUUUUGUUUUACACUGCUUCCAAACAACUUUGUUCUAUGCGGCACCUCUCUUCCAUUUCAGAGUCUCCACUUUGAAACCUGGGAUGGAAAAAGAAGUCUCCUGACGGUUUAUUUAAUUGGAGGGAACUGGCGAUAUGGCCCUUACCCAAAGAAAAGCUUUCGGGAAUACCCAAAAAGCCUGUACCUCAUUAACCUGAUUCUCCUCCCUGCACGCUGGCACUGCUAAAUUUAUGAAGUUAAAAAUAACCUGAAGAUCUCAGUGCUAGAUGAACGUCGAUCGCUUGCCAAAGCCUGUCCCAAAGCGGUUCAUCUCUGAUCCCUAAGUAAUUGCUGAUUUCCGCCCUGGGGGACAAAGCAGGGCAGAACGUCCUGUCAAGCCCAGGUGGUCAAGCCCGGGUAGGUGGUGUGACAGCAUCUCCCUGGGACACCAGGGCCGGCCUCCUGAGCCCCCCCCGCCUGGCAGGCAGGUGGAGGAGGGACAGGCUGUCAGAGGCCAACGCCUUCAGUCUUAUGGUCCACAAAGCCAGGCGUUAUUAGCAGCUCUCCGUGUGCUAAAGACAGCCUCACGGCCCCCAGUGUUGAGGAAAGCUGGGUCCUAUCUGGCUAGCCACAGCAAGAACUUUGCCUUGGAGAGCAGGGGCUGCUGCCAAAGCUGCAGCCACACCCGCCUCCAUCCUGCAGUCCUACUAAGUGGGUUGACUUUGCUGAGUGUGGCCUGGGGAACAAGUUUAGGACUGAUUCAAUCCUCACACACACUAAGUGCAUCUGACGUCCCACCAGGCAGCGUUCCCGCCAGAGGAACCUCCCGCCUUGAGGCUGCCGCCCGCGAUGUCGGCAGGCAAGACCUCAGGAGGCCGAGGCUGGAGCGUCACACCCCUUGCCGACGAACCCGUACACCUCUUUGGUAUAUAUAAUCAUGAAAAAAACUAAUUCGGCCAGGAAAUCUAGAAAUAAAUAGCAUUUUGAGUUGGUAAGAUGCUUUUUUGAACACACGUUUCUGGUAUCUGGUACGGUGAAUCCAAUGUCCAGUUUUGUGUAACUCACGCGGUACUGGUUUUGUUUGUCAUCUCUCUCACCAAAGUGUUAAAAACAUUUGACACCGUUCUUCUAAGUCUUCACAACACCCCUGUGAGGUAGGUGGUAUGGACCCAUUCUACAGAUGGGGAGGUCUAGGCACAACAGGGUUUAGUGACUCCUUGAAAGCCAGGUGGCGUGGCGCAGCAGUGCUCCAGUCAGGCGCCGAUCCACGCUCCCAGGCGCCACCGCAGGGCUUCAUGGACAGAGUCACACUGAGACCAAGUUCCUCUCUCUAAUCCAGAAUUCAACUAGCGCCUCAGAGCUUGGACUCGUAGAGCCAACCACUCUCCCCAAACUUGAAAAACAAAAGUAGUUGUAAAGUAAUUAGCCUCCAACUAAUAAAAAUAAAUGGGAAG